ACAUACUUUCAUUAUCCUUAUUGCGUGCCAAUGUAUAACUUCACCACUACAGAGCAGGUGGAAAAGAGAGUUUAGGAGCCAAGCCCAGCCUUCUCUGAAUGAGCAUUUUUAUGUGUGUGAGAUCCGGCUGCCUUCAGGGCUCACGCGUCCAGUUUUGUAGUUGGAGUUAUAGGCUGGUGCAGUAUUUCACCUGACAGGAGUGUGAGGUAAACACAAGCCUCGGAUCUUCAUGUGUCAGAUCCUUCUGACAAUCCAGACGAGAUGGAGCGUGUGAGGACGAACAGAGUGGAGCAUGGGAGACAGACGCACCAGGUCUUACAGAGCAUUCCUUUGGACUUUAUUGAGCCAGGCAAGUCCCUGAAAGUCCAGGCAGAGCGCCCCCACCUGGUUAGUUUGGGAAGUGGACGUUUGAGCACAGCUAUCACCUUGCUGCCACUGCUGGAAGGGCGGAACACGCUGGGCAGCGGGGCCACAGACAUACCUCUGCAGGGCCUGGGCAUCGCAGAUCAGCACUGCUACAUCGAAAACCAAGCAGGCAGCAUCACGUUGCACCCAUGUGGAAGCCAGUGCUCUGUCGAUGGCCUUUCCAUCACCAAACCCUAUCGCCUGACUCAAGGGUGCAUGCUGUGUUUCGGUCAGUCUGUCUUUUUCCGCUUCAACCAUCCAGAGGAGGCCCUGCGGAUGAAGAGCAUGCUGCCUGGAGGAAGCCAAGGACCUAACACCACAAUAACUCAUCUUACAGAUUCUCACGGUGUCCUGAAUGGGAACCAUCAGUCUUAUUCGAGCAAUGGCGACUCCAAAAUCAACAACAAAGCAAAGAAUCUCCAGGACUCAUCGGGGCUGAAGGCUGGAUCUGGUAACCAGCCUUUUCAUGAGCCCUCUCCUCCGAGGAUGCUCAAUGGGAGAAACGAAGAGGAGUCCAUUUAUGAGAACAGCAGCAGCUUUCAGGGCCAGACCCUCAGCAGCAAAACUCCUCCAGUACCUGGGCAUUCCCCUCACACCAACUACACUCCUGUCCCCCAUCCACGGACCUCACUCUCUGUGGCCUCAAGCGGUUCUAGUGGUGGUCAGAGGGCCCAGGAAAGCCCAAAGCUUCGUAGGAACUUAAGAGCCGAGGCCACAUCAAGCCCAACACCUCUGAGCAGGGGGUCAGGGCAGGGCGCAGAGAACUAUAGCCACAAACCAUCCCCCAUAAAGCUUUCCUCAACAGCUCCAUCCAGCCCUCGAGUGCGAGGCUCCUCCCUACAGAAGAGAUCCCCCAGUCCUAGGCGAGAUCAACACCUCUCUAAUGUGGAAGUCCCUCAGAGGUUGAGGACCCCGGAGCCGAUUGGUUCCAACAGCUUGAGAGAACUUCCUCCUCUCAGUCCUUAUAUGUCCCAUAGGGGUACUCAAGGAUCACAGGGCUCCACUUCAACCCUUGCAUCACAGGGCCACCUCAAACUCGCAUCUAAUUCGAAAGCAGAAGCCAUGCGGGCCAUGUAUGCCCAGGGUCCAAUGUCUCUCUCUGGGCUGGAGAAGGAGCCGGGAGGAAAACAGUUAAGGUCCGGCCCGGGAAGUGCCAUCGCGUCAGGCCUGGGUUCUCUGUCGGGAUCUCCUCUCGCUAGCCCUCGUAGCCAAAGAAAGACUUCCUGCAUGACUAUGAGGGAGCAGAGUCUCAUGAAACCAUAUACCCGGGAACGCAAAAACAGCAUCUCUGAGAUAAGUGACAAUGAGGACGAGUUGCUGGAAUACCACCGAUGGCAGAGAGAGGAGAGGAUGCGUGAGCAGGAAAUGGAGAAACAGGAGCGACAGAGGCUGGAGACCAUUCUCCAUCUGUGUGCAGACUAUAACUACGAGGACAGUGCUGCGGAGCUGGCAGAGGUGGUGAGGAGUGGGCUGCUGGGGGGCGCUAGAGGACCCUCCAACACAGCAGGGGGGCUGACCCUUCAGGAAGUAGACAGACCCCAGAGGGUGAGGGAGAACGAUGAGGAAACCCAGAGAGAGGAGUCCAGCAGCACAGAGAGCACACAUCAAGAGUGUGAAGAUCUGUUCGCUGGUCAGGAGCACGUGUACCUGGAGGAGGAGAGGAGCAGGAUCCUGGCCAGAGUUGAUGACUUGAAGCACAGAGUCACUGAACUGGAGCUGCAGCUACAAGAGACCAAACAGGAGGUGGAGAUGGAGCAAGCCCUGCUGCAGGCGGAGAAGCGGGCCGAGCAUGAGCAGGUGGAGGCUGAAAAUGAAAUCAUCUCUCAGCUGCAGCUCAAGCUCAGCCAGCUGGACAAGGCCACCCAGAAGGAAAAGGACAAGGGGAGGGCUAAUGUGUCGGCUGAGAGGAAGGCCCUGGAAAAGCAGAGGAAUGAGUACAAUGAGCUGAAGAGGCAGAUUGAUAAGUGCCCCUUGUCUCUAAGGGAACAGUUACAGGAGCAGCUCAGCAGGAAAGCAGAGGCUCUGGAGUCUGGGACCAAGCAGUUUGAGGAGCUGGAGUUCUGCCAGCUGGAGGAGGAGAGCAGUUUGGAGGAGAAGAAAGACACGAAGAACUCACAGCUUCUCCAAGAGCGAGCCGAGUAUCACCGCAGCGUGGCCAAGAGGAAGGAGAAAAUGGCCGCUAUGGAAGCUCAGGUGAAACAGAUGGGAGUGCAGGCGUCUCAAGACUGUGACAGAAUGGCUAAAGACAGGAUAGUGACUCUGCAGCUGCUACACAAGGAGCAGGACAGGUUGUGCGCCCUGGAGAAGAAGUACCACACCUUAACGGGAGGAAGAAACUUCCCAAAGCCUAAAAGCAGCAUGGCAGAGGAAUUUCUCCACAUCAGCGAACCAGACCUUGCUAAUGUGGACGGUCCUCCUCAUAGCCCCUGUCCCUCCUCUGCCUCUUCCUCUCACAUCCCCUACCCUGAACUCUACCCCGUUAGGCUACAAGAGGAGUACCUCAGGCUGUCUGAUGUCUUUAAGAUGUAUGGAAGCGCUUCUAUGCAACCUUCUUCCCCCGCUGCUCUCCACUGCCUCUCCCUGGCUGUAGCUCCAGCUCUGCCAUGUGAGGAGUACAUCACAGUCAGUCAGUUAAGCCAGAUCUUUGGGAUGCAGAGACUCGAUCCCACCUCUUCUUCCUCUAUUCCAUCAUUCCAACUCGCCUCCUCUGAAUCCACCUUCUCAUGCCACUCAACAGCAUGUGGUCCUUCCUCCUUUCUCUCUGCCCAGAGCCAUCCUGAGCUGAGCAGGAACACAAUGGCUCCUAUUAACCUGGAGCGCUGGUACCAGGACAUCAUGGCUGCUGGAGAGCCUCGGCCAUGUCCUCCACCACUGCCUGCAAAGUCUUUUUCUGCACGCAGACACAGUCAGUUAUUGAGGUCCAGAUCAGAUGCUGAGGUUGGACAGGCAGCAUCGGGCACCCUGCCACACUCCAGUGGUGCUAAUGAGAAAGCCAAGGGGCUGCAGUUAAUGCUGUCGAACCCCUUAGACAUGGAGUCUAGGAGGCAGAUGGUGCUGCAGAACAAAGAUAUAUCUCCCACAAUGCAUCACUCCAUCCUGCACCACCAGGCGCCCCCCAGCGGCAGCCAGGCGUACGACACUCUGAGCCUGGAGAGCUCCGACAGCAUGGAGACCAGCGUCUCCACCGGCAACUCCGCCUGUACCCCAGAAAGUGCCUGUGGGAUGGAGGCCCAGAGGAUAGAGGAGAUGGAGAAGAUGCUGAAGGAGGCACAGCAGGAGAAAGCCCGACUGAUGGAGAACCGAGAGAGGGAGGUGCAGGCGCGGCGGCAGAUGUUGGAGGAGGAGCGGAGGAGGAGAGAGGAGGCCGAGAGGAGGCUGCAGGACGAGACCACCCACAGGCUGAGGCUGGUGGAGGAGGAGGUGAAGAUGAGAGAGAAACACUUCUCACAGGCUCGUCCAAUGACGCGCUACCUGCCGAACAGGAAGGAGGAGUUUGACCUGCGAGCGCACGUGGAGUCGUCGGGCCACAGCGUCGACAUCUGCCCCUACGUCAUACUCACGGAGAAGAUGUGCAAGGGCCACCUGGUGAAGAUGGGCGGCAAAAUUAAAUCUUGGAAGAAACGCUGGUUCGUUUUUGACCGUGUCAAGAGGAACUUCUGUUAUUAUGGGGACAAGCAUGAGACCAAGCUGAAAGGACUCAUUUACUUCCAGGCGAUUGAAGAGGUGUAUUAUGAUCACCUGCGCAGUGCCACCAAGAGCCCCAACCCGUCUCUGACCUUCUGCGUUAAAACCCACGACCGCCUGUACUACAUGGUGGCCCCGUCCCCGGAGGCCAUGAGGAUCUGGAUGGAUGUCAUAGUGACGGGCGCCGAGGGAUACACGCAGUUCCUGAGCUGAGGGACAGAUUCGGAGGAAAAGGGAGCGACGCAGACACCUUAAAGGAGGCGGGAAACAAGAAGACCUGUGGCGUGAAAGUAAAGGACAUUUGACGAGAUCAUAAAAAGCCUGAUGCCUUCUGAGCAAAUGAGGGCUGACUAACGACAGAUGUGCAUUUGAUAGUAUUUAGGAGUUGUAUAUAUAUCUUCCUGUGGCUUUAGAAGGGGAUAGUUUGUGCAGCCUGUCAAUGAAGGGAACUCUGAAAUAGAUCACAUUUUCCUACCAAAAUCUAUUGUUAAAAAGUGCAACACUUUAUAUAAGCAUGAACUGAUUCCACUUCUGAAGCCGAUCCACUGUUUGCAUGCAGUGUUUUCACUCUAACCGAUGCCUUUUUGAUACAUUUGAUACACCUUUCUCUUGAGUUUGUUACAUUUUCUCAGGUGGAAAAAAGAAUAUCUUAAAUAACAUAUUUUAGAAGCAAAUAUUUAAAAAAAAUAAUAUGUUACUUAUUCAAAUAAAAAAUAUUACUUGGUGCCAAAUACUUAAUGUUUAUGUCAGAUUUGUACAAUACAAAUGUUAAUAUAACUAUAUAUAUUGUUUUAUUCAGGCAUUUAACACAGCAUUAAUCCAACCAUGUAUUUUACAAAAUAUGACACCAAAUAAAACUAAAAUGUAUAGUCCUAUAAUCAUUUUGUAAAACUACCAUGUACAUGAAAUAAAUAAAAUUAUAUGAUGAAUCUG